AAUUGUUAGUUAUAAUAAAUUGAAAAUGGAUUGUUCUAUUUUGUUGAUUGCUGUUUGACCGAAAUUAUCGCUAUUUGGUAAAUUAAUAAGGGUUGUCAUUACUGUUGGAUUGAAGUUGAUUGUGAAAAUUUUUUUUAUUUCUAUGAGUAUAUUUUCUGCAGCUGGGAUAACAGAAUUUUUCGAAUGAUUGGAUGGUACCGGUGACGAUGGCGUAUGCUAUAAUUUAUAAACGAUAACAUCGCAGACUCACAAAUCACAACCAAAUAAGGCCAUAAUGUAUUAUCUAGUGAAAAUGUAGGAGCAGUUUUUUUCUAUGAGUAGUUCUUGUCCAGAUAUUUUGUUCCAUUAGGGAUCAAGCACUAGCUAUGAUCCAUAAAUCAUCGUUCUGGAAUGAAACGAGUGAAAACGGGAAAUUUUGUAUUUGCUGAAAACUUAGGAGCUCACCAGUCAGAUACGUUCCUUUUGAGUUUUGCUUGUGGAUUCUGAGACCCAUGACCAGCCGAAUGGUGCCAAGUUGUCAACUGUGCCAUGCUUAUGCUUGGUGUUUUAGUUGUUCGCUCCAAAUUACUUAAAGAUUCCUAUAAGAGAAAGAAGAUUCUCUUUCCUUCUUUUCUAGAUUUCUUUUCUUUCUUCUAUUUCUUUCUCUUUUAAGUCAGAAGUGUACUGGACUAACUGGAACUGAAAUCUGACUAACUGAAUAAUAAGAUGUCUGCAUGUGCUUUUUAAGUUUUUGAAAAUUUCUUGCUUUUUAUGUGCCACUAACAAUAAGAAAAGACAACACGAGGAACAGCCUGCUGGUGUUUAAUGGAAAUAUGUGCGUGUAUUGUGCUAUGGGAAGUAAUACAGCAUUAUUACCAUAGUGUAAGAUUUUAUGUUCAAAGUGGUAGAGAAACUAUUAACAGCGUGCUUAGACCAACUACGUCAGCUAUUAAUACCGAAUGCCGACACGGCUCUGAACUGUUUGGUGUGUUUACGAAAUUACGGUGACGUUUUCUAGUUGUGUUACGGUCUGCUUGGUUGUAAAUCGAAGCAUGUUCUGUUUCUGGACGAUGUGGUAAUUCGCUGUUGUUCAGUUUGAUGUUUGGAGAAGAAAUUUGUACGGUGUGGACAGAGCGAAAGUGAAAAAGCAGCAGUUAACAAGACGCCUUGGGCGGAGCAAGUAGACCCGGUGCGUGCGAUUGCGGCAAUUUCAACGUGAUGGAUGAUGUGGGGAGCCCGCGAAGCGAAGAUGACAACACCGAGAGUGAAUUGGGCAACAGUGAUGCCGAAGGCGUUUGGUCGCCUGAUAUCGAACAGAGCUUCCAGGAAGCGCUGCAGAUUUAUCCUCCAUGCGGACGUCGAAAGAUAAUCUUAUCCGACGAGGGCAAGAUGUAUGGCCGGAACGAGCUUAUCGCCCGCUAUAUCAAAGUGCGAACGGGAAAAACUCGCACCCGCAAGCAGGUGUCCAGUCACAUUCAGGUGUUGGCUCGAAAAAAGUCUAGAGAAAUCCAGUCGAAAUUGAAGGAUCAUAGUGCCAAAGAGAAAGCCAUGCAGGUUAUGUCAACUAUGUCUUCGGCACAGAUUGUCUCUGCCACAAUGUUUCCAAAUAAGAAUGCAGGAGCUGGACUUCCGCUUCCAACCUUGGGACUGGCCGGGGCCAAUGCGGCUUACGGACCGGCCACAUUCUGGCCAAACAGUGGAUCCCAUGGACCAGAUAUCAAGCCAUGCCUGAACAGUGCCGGCUUUCCUUCGUCUGUUCUUUCGGGAACAAGCCUUAUGCAAAAUAAUGGCAAUAAUAUCACAUACGACGGCAGGUCCAUUGCGUCGCACAAGUUGCGGUUACUGGAUUUUCAGGCUUUUGUGGAAAGCCACCGUGACCCUGAUUCGAAACACGUCUUUGUGAACAUUGGUCCUUCAACGGGAGUGGAACCGGCACUAGAGACCAUUGACUUUCGACAAAUCUAUGACAAAUUUCCCGAGAAAAGAGGCGGUUUGAAGGAACUGUAUGAAAAAGGGCCCACGAAUGCAUUCUUUCUGGUGAAAUUCUGGGCGGAUAUCAACUGUUCCGAUAUUGAUUCCAGUGCUUUCUACGGUGUCUCAAGCACUUUUGAAAGUGCCGAAAGCAUGACCAUUCAGUGCUCAACGAGGGUGUGUUCAUUUGGCAAGCAAGUGGUGGAAAAAGUGGAGAAAGAUGUUGCUCGCUUUGAGGGAGGCCGUUACAUGUAUCGGAUCAGUCGAUCACAGAUGUGCGAAUACAUGAUCAACUUUGUUCUUAAACUAAAGGAUCUUCCACAAAAGGAUAUGAUGAACAGUGUGCUCGAAAACUUCACGAUAUUACAGGUGAUUACAAAUGACGACACCAAAGAAAUUCUCAUUUGCCUGGCCUUCGUUUUUGAAGUCUCAACCAGCGAUCACGGCACGCAGCAUCACGUUUACCGAUUAGUCAAAGAUUAAAUGCAUCAAAACAAAGGAAAGUUAUCGUUAUUUCCGGAUUUUGGCCUAGCCUACGAUUCAGUAUUUUCGCUGUGGACAGCUCAUUUCCACGACAGCUAUCUGUCAAGCAACUGGCUUUCUUGCCACUCAAGUCAAUCCCGUUCCAGCACGUGUGCCUUAAAUAUAUGUUGUUAAAUUUGUUAGUUUUCUUUUCUAUUCUUAAAGUCUCCUAGAUUUGCAGCUGGUUUGUUGUUGCGCUACGAAUUAUUUCUGGUUUGAUACUGUAUUUAAUGUUUACUGCAUUCGUUGAACAAUUGGGUGUGAAACCGUUUUAGUUCUGUGCAGUUAACUUUUGGUAGGUUUUCUGGGUAUUGUGAGAUGGUUUUCACUUCAGACGGUUCAUUGUUUGAUUUUACCCGUGCAACAGAACUGACAGUUUAUAUGGGUAUCCUUUUAUAUUCUGCCGUCAAGAAUUUACGAUCUGUAAAAAGCACAAUCACUCAGUCGUCCCCAG